AUGGCAAGCUCCCUCACUACCCUGGUCUCGGGUUCCGACAUCUCUCUCACCACCCGUGAAGCCCUCUCCGGAAUCUUUGGAUCAAUCUCGCUCGCCUGCUGGAUUUUUCUCCUCGUGCCUCAACUAAUCGAGAACUACCGCAAUUCUUCCUCCGAGGCAAUCAGUCUCGCCUUUAUUUUCGUGUGGUUCUUGGGCGAUAUCUGCAACCUCGCAGGUGCGCUCUGGGCUGGUCUGGUGCCAGUUGUGACCGCUAUCGGGGUUUACUUCUGCAUCGCCGAUGGCGUCCUUAUCGCUCAAUGCCUCUACUACGGCAUUGUGAACAAGAGGCGGGAAGGAAGAGCGUUGCUAGAUGGACAAGCCUCGUCGUCCAGUGGAGGAGCGCACCACCCCGGCGACGAUGACCACAACGACGAAGAGGAGCCCCUCCUGAAGCGUACUCGAACCAACAGCAUCACGAUCCCCGGCUCUGCGAAUACGAGACGACAUAGUAGUCACAGUGUGCGACGGAGGAGAAGCAGCCUGGCACAAACCGAUCAGCUUGCAAAGAUACUGGAGGAAAGUGACGAGUCUGGUACCCGGCUUUGGUUCAAAAACGUGAUGAGCGUGCUGGCCAUUGUCGUUGUGGGCGCAGCGGGCUGGGCUCUUGCAUAUGAAUCAGGAGCGUGGAAGCCGUCACCCACGUCCAGAGAUAGCAACCAAGAAGAAAUAGCUCCUGGGGCGCAGAUUCUGGGGUAUCUUAGUGCCGUGGCGUAUUUGGGCGCCAGGAUCCCUCAAAUUGUCAAGAAUGCCAGAGAGAAAAGCUGUGAAGGUCUUUCGCUAUUGUUUUUUGUCCUCUCCCUCAUGGGUAAUGCCACCUACGGUGCAGGGAUCCUCUUCCACUCUACCGACCGUGCCUAUGUCCAAAAGAACCUCCCUUGGCUUAUCGGCAGCUUGGGCACUAUGGCGGAAGAUGUUAUGAUUUUUGCCCAGUUCCACAUGUACCGAGAACGGGAGAAAUCACGGUCUGAUGAAGCUGUGUUCUGA